GAGAGAGAGAGAGAGAGAGAGAGAGAGAGAGAGCACAACAUGAAUGAAAUACGCAAAAUUACGAUUGAGGAAGAUGUUACAAUUGAAAGGAAGUAGCUUACUUAUUCUUGCUUGUACACAAACGUGUGCAGAGAUAGCUGUUUCUGUAAGACAUGUCGCUAAAUAAUACAAAUUGUAAAAAACACUGAAUAACUGUAGGUGUUGGUUAAUAAUACCACUAACUAUUUAAUCUUCGCGAGUUUCCAGCUGUAAAUUUAACUUUUCUGUAUGUAUCGACAUGCUUUGGUUUAUGGAAGGAAUGUGCUUUUGGCCAUCAUUUUUGGUCAUCUCGUCCUCAAGCACUUUUAUCGUUUCAUAUGUAAUAGCAUUGUUUAAACGAGAUGUUGAUGUAUUAUUUCCAUACAUUAGUGAUACUGGAGCCAACCCACCGGAGAGCUGCAUUUUUGGCUUGAUGACAGCAAUCACUUCAUUUACAGGUAUGGUCACCAUGUAUGCCAGGUACAAGUUUGUGGAGAAACUAAGUGAGAGGACAAAUGGUGUGUCCCCAUGUCUGAAUAAGACUGCUCUCUGGAUAGGAAUGCUGUCUUGUCUGGGGAUGAGUUUUGUUGCCACUUUUCAGGAAACCACGGUAACAGUAGUUCAUGAUGCAGGAGCUCUGCUAUUCUUUGUGUGUGGUGUGGUGUACACCAUACUGCAGUCUGUUAUUUCAUAUUGUGCUCACCCCUAUGGAUGCUCCACAACCCUUUUCUGCACACGUGUGGCUAUUGCCACCAUUGCCUUCCUGGCGGCUUUCCCGACGAUAAUUUGCGCUGGUUUUGUGACACAAACCAGUCUGCACAGAAACACAGGGGACAAGGACUUUGUUUUCCAUCUUGUGAGUGCGGCGAGUGAGUGGAUUGUGGCCUUCAGUUUUGUCUUCUUCUUCUUCACAUACAUUCAGGAUUUCAAAAUGUUUACAUUAAAAAUUAGGACAGAGUUUGUGGAAUAUUCAUAUUAAUCAUUUGAACUGACAACUUUUUCACAUCACAUUCUAAUCAAAAGUUACUGUAUUUUAUUACAAAAUGUAUUUUACUAAUCCAUGAAUCCAUGUGCAUAGUGUCUUACCUUGAAACUGAUAAACAUUCUGAGAUUGGCACAGUAUUACUGUAAUACUGUAUGACUGACAAUUCCUGAUGAGCUAAGGCAUGGUCAGCAAUCAAAACUGACCAGAGCUUACUCUUAAUACAUGAACCGCUUAUUGAUCGAAAUGUACUUCUAUUGUUUGUAGUAAAGUAGAACUUCAAGCUGUCUGAAACAGCCCACUUCCUCUUACCUACAGCCAAGUUAAUGAUAAAGCAAACACAUGAUCAUUGUGGCAAGUAAGGGUAGGUCAGUUUUGUGGCAGGUAAUCACAAGAUCAAGUGGACUUGUCAACAGAGACCAUAAUUUACUGUUCAGCUACAACCAAUAAUAAAAUUUAAAAGAAAAUGGACAUCAUUGUAUUUCAUAAUUUGGUGCUACAGUACUUGCUGACAAAAGCUUGUAGUUAUGAGUUUACAUAUAAAAUAGAAAAAUAAAAUGCACUCCAGUGUAAAAUGUGUUAAUAUUUAUUUAAAACAUUGCUUAAUACAAUAAUGUCAAUAGGCCUACAUUUGUAAACAAAGUGCUUUCCAGUUUUUCUGACUGCCUUAAGACACUCAUAAUCAUUUGAAACCAAUUCAGCUGUGGCCAUACAUACACAUUUGCUGAUGCUUUCAUUUACAUUUUUAAAAUCAUAUUUUUUGUCAUGACACUUGGCCGCAUAUCAGGUCUGCCAAUGUAACUAAAGAUCCAAGGCUUGCUGGCUUGCUAGCAUAUCUGGUCACACAAGGUUAGAUCAUUAUUUUCAAUGAAAUAUGUUUAUGUAACUUUCACAAUAUCAUUGAUUCACUUUGCAAAUAGUGGUGUAUAGUUUGAUACAUUUACCCAACAGUGCAACCAUGUUAAAGUAUUCUUGACAGCCAAGCCACAAUAAGUUAUACAUUUCAGUGUCUCACUGGAUAACAUUAGUCACCUACUGUUUAACAUGAAAUUCCUCAUACAGUAGCAGUGGUAGUGUAAGACAGUACCAUUUUCAAAAUAUUAACACAGGCUUUAAUUCUCUCUUACACAAACACACAAAAGCAUUCAGUACAGACACACUACAAAAAAAUCAAUGUAUGUGGCUGUUAAACAACUUAUUGUGGGAUUGGAAUGUUUUUAUAAGCAGGCACAUUUGCCCAAUG